AUGAGGUGUACUGACCUCUUCCCAGGUAAUAACCCCUAAUCCCUGACCCCUAACGAAACGUUGAACUCCAGAUACUGCGGGAGCAUUCAACAGUGUAACACAGUGUCUUAUGAUGUAUCUUCCAGGAGAGGAGGUGGUGAUGAUAUAGUGUCCUCCAGGAGAGGAGGUGGUGAUGAUAUAGUGUCCUCCAGGUGAGGAGGUGAUGAUGAUAUAUUGUCCUCCAGGAGAGGAGGUGGUGAUGAUAUAGUGUCCUCCAGGAGAGGAGGUGGUGAUGAUAUAGUGUCCUCCAGGAGAGGAGGUGGUGAUGAUAUAGGGUCCUCCAGGAGAGGAGGAGGUGGUGAUGAUAUAGUGUCCUCCAGGAGAGGAGGUGGUGAUGAUAUAGGGUCCUCCAGGAGAGGAGGUGGUGAUGAUAUAGUGUCCUCCAGGAGAGGAGGUGGUGAUGAUAUAGUGUCCUCCAGGAGAGGAGGUGGUGACGAUAUAGUGUCCUCCAGGUGAGGAGGUGGUGAUGAUAUAGUGUCCUCCAGGAGAGAUGGUGGUGAUGAUAUAUUGUCCUCCAGGAGAGGAGGUGGUGAUGAUAUUAUGUCCUCCAGGAGGUGGUGAUGAUAUAGUGUCCUCCAGGAGAGAUGGUGGUGAUGAUAUAGUGUCCUCCAGGAGAGAUGGUGGUGAUGAUAUAGUGUCCUCCAGGAGAGAAGGUGGUGAUGAUAUAUUGUCCUCCAGGAGAGGAGGUGGUGAUGAUAUAGUGUCCUCCAGGAGAGGAGGUGGUGAUGAUAUAGUGUCCUCCAGGAGAGGAGGUGGUGAUGAUAUAGUGUCCUCCAGGAGAGGAGGUGGUGAUGAUAUAGGGUCCUCCAGGAGAGGAGAUGGUGAUGAUAUAGUGUCCUCCAGGAGAGGAGGUGGUGAUGAUUUAGUGUCCUCCAGGUGAGGAGGUGGUGAUGAUAUAGUGUCCUCCAGGAGAGGAGGUGGUGAUGAUAUAGGGUCCUCCAGGAGAGGAGGUGGUGAUGAUAUAGGGUCCUCCAGGAGAGGAGGUGGUGAUGAUAUAGUGUCCUCCAGGUGAGGAGGUGGUGAUGAUAUAGUGUCCUCCAGGAGAGGAGGUGGUGAUGAUAUAGUGUCCUCCAGGAGAGGUGAUGGUGAUGAUAUAGUGUCCUCCAGGAGAGGAGGUGGUGAUGAUAUAGGGUCCUCCAGGAGAGGAGGUGGUGAUGAUAUAGGGUCCUCCAGGAGAGGAGGUGGUGAUGAUAUAGUGUCAUCCAGGAGAGGAGGUGGUGAUGAUAUAGUGUCCUCCAGGAGAGGAGGUGGUGAUGAUAUAGUGUCCUCCAGGAGAGGAGGUGGUGAUGAUAUAGGGUCCUCCAGGAGAGGAGGUGGUGAUGAUGAUGAUAUUGUGUCCUCCAGGAGAGGAGGUGGUGAUGAUAUAGGGUCCUCCAGGAGAGGAGGUGGUGAUGAUGAUGAUAUUGUGUCCUCCAGGAGAGAUGGUACCUGACUACCAGAUGGCGUUCCAGGCGGAGGCAGGGAACCACCCCUCCUUUGAGGACAUGCAGGUCCUGGUCUCCAGAGAGAAAGAGAGACCCAAGUUCCCCGAGGCCUGGAAAGAGAACAGUCUGGUGAGGAGAGAAUACUACUACAACUAUUAGUCCACACUGAAAGUUGUUUUUUACAAAUGACAUUGGCACCGUGGUUUCGGUUCCCUUCCUGAAAAUAACCCUUUCAGGUUGACAUUUGCAAGAUGCAUAUUCUACACGCUACAUGACAUUAGCAUACAUUCAGCUUAAAAAACAACAAAAAGUUCCAUAUGUGACCGACCGCCUUGAUUCGGUCUUAUGUAGCAACAUUGGAAAUUGUGUUUUUUACAUUGGAUAAAAGCAGAGGCACCGAGCUACAAAAUGCUACAUCAUACACUGCAUUUAAGGGAACAAUGGGAAAGUAAUUCUGCUGUAAUCUCACUUUUGAGAAAAUGGCCUUUGAUUGUUUUGGUACCUACUGAAGAGCUCUUCUUUGUCUACACCCAUUCAGCAUCUUUCACGCCCUCUUAAGCUUUAGCCCCACCCAUCUCACUUCGCUCUCGGAGUGUUCAGAGCGCACACUGGACGCUCUGGCCGAUGAGUAGGGUUGAUCCGAGCGUUCUGACCUCACAACGGGCAGUCAAGCACCCAAGCUAACUGGCUAACGUUGGCUCGCUCGCUAGCUACUUCCAGACACAAAAUUGGGAUUAUGGUUCAUUGUUUACCUCUGGAUAGCAUGUUCUCUCAUUAAAUUAGCAUUAAAUGAGAGAACACCCCACUGACCAUUUUACUCACCCUAGCAGAGCUGGUUAGGCUGUUUUCAUGUUAUCCAGAGCGUUGGUGACUAACUAGCCAAGCAAAUGGCUCUGAGAUACGAAUGAUAACAUCAUACACGUAACGUUAGCUAGCGAGCCAUCCAGCUAACGUUAUCUAGCUAGCUAAACAAUGAACAAUAAUCCCAACUCAUGACGUUACUACCCUGUAGGAAUCUGCAGGUAGCUAACCAACCAGGUUCAAUGUUAGCAAGCAAAUGGCUCUGAGAUAUGAAUAAUAAGAUCAUACACGUAACGUUAACUAGCGAGCCAGCCAGCUAACGUUAGCUAGCUAGCUAACAGUACACUUUAACUUGAAAUGAAACCACGUUCUGUCAAAAUUAGAAACGUGUAAUAUCUGAAAAUGUAGCUAGCUAGACUAUCUUACCCAUAUACAUCAUGCAUGGAUGGACGCGUCUCCCUGUCACGGAUGCCAUGGUUGCCCUUAGUUUGAAAAUGUAAUCCGGAGACAGGUUUUUUCUCCAUCUCUUUAGCAGUCAUACUCUAAUUCCACUGAUUUCAAAACUCUGUCCUCCAGAAAGUGGAGAACAACACUUAUGCAGCUCCACUACAUAAUCAUUUUUUUAAAAGCCGCGUUAGACAGGAUUACCUACACAUACUGACCAGCUCAAAUAGAUAGAAAUGUGCUAUAUGGCAGACCAAUCCGAACUCCUCUCUCGGCAUGUCCAGCCCACUCAUUAUUUCAGCCAAUCAUGGCUAGUGGGAAGGUUGCUGUCUUUUUCUGUGGCUUAACCAACUAGGCUCGUAAUUUAACAAUUGUAUUCGUAUUUACAGAUGGCAUACAAGUUUGUUAUUAAGGCACAUGAAAGUUCACAUGUUCCAGAAGGCAUUUCUGCAAAAUAACGCAUUUUGAUACAAAAAAAUACGUUUACGUUCAGAUUGCUCUCCUGUGAAGUAGUGACGUGGGACAUACGCAUAGUUAUCUGAAACUAGUCACAUAUGGCUCGCACUGCCGUCUGUUGUCUGAAUAGAAUGUAGAAUAGAAUGUAGAAUAGAAUGUAGAAUAGAAUGUAGAAUAGAAUGCAUUUCUUUUAGCUAGUGCUAAACAACUAAUUGACUGACAUCUGUUCAAUUACUUAUGAACCCAACGCGUUGUUUCUCUAGAGAGAAAUCAAAUCAUUCACGAAAGAAAUUAAGUCAAGAACUACAGUAUAUGGGAUGCUGGGCUGAAGGGAGUUGUAGUUUUCAUUAAGCCAAUAUUCAGCCUAGUUCAGCGCAGAAACGUGGUAAUGAACUACAAUGACCAUAAUCCAUUAUGCUUGUUAUUUUCUGGCUCGGACAGAGACGGAUACACUUUUACGCCUGCUACGUUAGAUUAGAUACACACGGACCGCAUGAGAGAGGAAUGUACACAAUGACCAGAGGGACAGAGACAGUUCGUGAAAGUAUGGCUGAUCUACUUUGAAGAACAAGUAAAAUGAUUGUCAGACAGCUCUGCAGCAUGCUUAGGCAGGCUAGCUAAAUAGGAUGACUAAAGACCAAACAGUAUUGGAAGCACAUAACGUCAGAUGGUCUCCCUGGCUGACUGCUACUGCCUGAGCAGAGCAGAGAUGAUGACUUUAAGGAAUGAAAAGUCAUUUAAAAAAACUAAGUAAUAUACACAACAUAGUCAUUUCCUAUUUUUUCUACCCAAUGUGGACCUGAUCAGAGACAAUGGAAUAUUUUCAAUGUUUUGGCAAUUCAAUGUUCAAAGUUCUUGGCUUUAGAAAUUCCAUUAAAAAGCACUAAUCAUUUUAAUGUCACUAUUUCAUAAUGUAUUUAAUAUUUAAAAAAAGAAUCCUUCAUACUGCACGUAGAGACAUUAGAAUGGUAUCCAUGAGGUCAUGUGACCCUGGGUAACUAGAAAAACACGCUAUACAACACAACUUUAUUAAUCCCUGAAGGUCAAUUCGUUGACGUCUGACAGGGUGCUUCAGACAGGACACACAGACAGACCGUUUAGAAAAAGACAUCAGUUCAAAGUGCAUGGUGCAAUUUAAGAAACUAAGAGUCCAUUGUAGCCACAGUUGUUAUUAAUGUCAGGGUUAAACUAUCUCUAGAAUAGUCCCUAGGUCUUCCUUAAUGGCCCUGUUAUCCAGGGGGAUGGCCUCGGGCACAAACGAGGCCCUGCUCCUGUUGGUAGGGCAGUUGACAGCGAAGGCGGCGUCCAACGGGGAGGAGUUGGAACCGUGGGUUGAGGACAUAUGUGUGCUGUCCCCCAGGAUGUCAUGGGCCUUCCUCCUGGCCUGCUGCUCAGAGGCCUCCCCCGAUGGGCUUAGAGCAGGUCUCACAGCAGUUGUUCACAAUGGCUUGGAGGCGCUUCCUGUUCUUGACAGAGAGGGAUGUGAACCAGCAUACGAAAGGAGAAACACAGAACGCUUUGUGGACACUGAAUGAGUUCAGUUUCCUGAGAAAGUAGUGGCUUUUUUGAUGAUGGCGUCUGUGUUUUGCUCAAACUACAGGUUGUUAUCAAAGAUGGUACCAAGAUAUUUAUGCUGGUCCACUGUGUCCACCUCCUCACCAUUGAUGAUCACAACCAUUUCCUUCGUCUUGAAGACAUUUAACUCUAUCCCUUUAAUUCUAAUGAUACUGCCCCCCCCCAGGCGGCCUCUGUAACCCACCACCUCACCCCCAGGGCGGAACAAAAUACUGUAACCAGGCCACCAAACACACCACACAGGGUCGACGGCUAGCUGUAAAAACUACACCCCAGGGCGGAACUCGUAAACCCACCCUCCCCACCCAGGCGGCCUCUGUACAACCCCCCCACCCCCCCCCCAGCGGCGUCUGUAACCUCCCCCCACCAGGCGGCCUCCUGGCUAACCCCCCCCCCCCCCCAAGGCGGCCUCUGAACCCCCCCCCCCCCAGGCGGCCUCUGUAACCCCCCCCUCCCCCACGGGCGGACCUCAUGUAACCCCCCCCCCUCCACCCACCAGGCGGCCUCUGUAACCUCUACCCCACCAGGGGCAGGGCCUACUGUAACCCCCCACCCCGCCACCCCCCCCCCCCCAGGCGGCCCUCUUGUAACCUCCCCCCCCAGGCGGCCUCUGUACCCCCAACCCCCCCCCCAGGCGGCCUCUGUAACUCCUCCCCCCCAGGCGGCCUCUGUAAACCCCCCCCCCCCCAGGCGGCCUCUGUAACCUCCUCCACCCCCCCCAGGCGGCCUCUGUAACCCACCCCCCCAGGCGGCCCCUCUGUAACCUCUCCCUACCACCCCCCCCCCAGGCGGCCUCUGUAACCCCCCCCCCCACCAGGCGGCUCUGUAACCUCCUAACCAUCUCCCCCCCCCCCAGGCGGCCUCUGUAACCCCCCCCCCCCCCAGGCGGCCUCUGUAACCACCCCCCCCCCAGGCGGCCUCUGUAACCUCCUCCAUCCCCCCCCCCCCAGGCGGCCUCUGUAACCCCCCCCCCCCCAGGCGGCCCCUCUGUAACCUCCUCCAUCCCCCCCCCCCAGGCGGCCUCUGUAACCCCCCCCCCCCCCAGGCGGCCUCUGUAACCUCCUCCAUCCCCCCCCCCCCAGGCGGCCUCUGUAACCCCCCCCCCCCCCCAGGCGGCCCUCUGUAACCCCCCCCCCCCCCAGGCGGCCUCUGUAACCUCCCCCCCCCAGGCGGCCUCUGUAACCUCCUCCAUCCCCCCCCCUCCCCCCUCCCCAGGCGGUGCGUUCCCUGAAGGAGACGGUGGAGGACUGUUGGGACCAGGAUGCUGAGGCCAGGCUGACCGCUCAGUGUGCAGAGGAGCGCAUGGCUGAACUACUGCUGAUCUGGGACCAGACCAAGUCUGUCAGCCCUACUGUUAACCCCAUGACCACCACACUGCAGAACCAG